AGGACCAAGGGCAUCGACUGUGCUGAGUGGACUAUCACGACUGGUAGCUAGCAGGGAAUGGAGCUGGAGGACCAAGCGCGAAUAGGAUGUGAGCAGGAGCGAGCUAUCUUAGCAGCACGAUGAGGGCGGAGCGAUGGCGGCACGUAAUUGCAGGCCUGUCCACGUUGGUGAUGAGCAGCGCGGUAUCCAAUCAAAGCUGCGAUACGGCUUCGACAUCUUGCACGUCUACUCCAAUCCUCUUCAUUCCCUUCCCAACAUGCCAGCAGCGAAGCGCAAGACCGAAAAGGAAGAAGGCAGCUCGGACGGAGCCUCGACGGAGAAGAAGGCAAGGAAGAAUACCAAGCCUCAGAAGUUCACCCGUGAGGAAGACCUUGUCAUCUUGGAGUUCAUCGAGGAGUGCAAAUCGAUCCCCGAGCUAUGCAAGCGUCUGCCAGACCGCGGCCAUCAGAGCGUGAGGCAGCGUUGGAAGCUCCUCUUGGACCGGCUAAGGGCCACGGCUGGUCAGUGAGCGUGGCGUGGUAAAGUGCGAUGGUAUUGGGAGGGCGAAAGGGGGGUUAGAGGUACGCUAUGGUACAAUGUUGGUCCAGCUGUCGAUGCGCGUCAAUCCAUCCACAUCAUUCGCUCUCUACC